AUGGAUCAACCCUAUCAACUUAUAUCGCCAAAAGAAGGCACAAAUACCUUCCAUUUAACCAUAUAUCGCGAUCCAUUAAAUAAAUCUCAUUUUAAAACUAAUAUUAAACGAAAUUCUCAGUUAAAUUUAAAGAAAAUUAAAGAUGUUGCUUGCAAUUCAGAGUACACAUAUGCUUUAUCGACAAAUGGCGAACUAAUAAUGAUCAAUGGAAAUAAUAUUGAUUCCAAUGUUAUUCAAAAUGUACCUAAAAAUGUUCUCGUAUACGCCGUGGGAUCAAGUACAGAGCAUACCAUGUUACAUGCAAUUGAUUGCAAUACCAAAAAGUUUAGGCUUUUUGGAAUAGGAUUAAAUGAUCGAAUCCAGAUAAUAAAUUUGCCUAUAAAGCAUUAUACUAAAUGGGUUGAAAUAUCCAAAGAUGAUUUAACAAUGCAACUAGUUUCCCUUUCAUGUGGAAAAAAAUUUACUGUACAUCUUAAUCUUGAUGGAAAGGUUUUUGUUUUCGGAUUAAGCAAUUUUGGCCGAAUUGGAACCAAUCACAACAAAAUUCUAAAUAUUGAUUCAUUUUACGCCCAAGAUCUUUAUGGCUAUCCAAUUAUUUCAUUAGCAGCAAGUCAGAAUCAUUGUAUCGCUCUUACAGCUACUGGAGUCAUCUUUGUAUGUGCUCCUCAAGCUCAUUUUGAGAAAAAUACAAAUCAGAAAUUUGAUUUAGGAACUGACGGAAAUUCACAACAAAAAUCACAGAUUUCAGACAAUAAAAAUCCAAAAGAAACUCCGUUUGUAAAAUUUGACCAACUUUAUGGAAAAUUUAUUGUCAAAAUUUCAUCAUUAGGUCAUAGAUGUGCUGCUCUUGACAAUGAGGGUAAAGCUUAUGUAUGGAAUUGCAAUAACAAGUGCAAUAUCCAUGAAAUUAAUGUCGAUCAAAUUACAAUUGAAAACAAAGAAAUCAUUGACAUUGCAUUCUACAAUGAGAGUUAUUUUGCAUGCCUUACAUCAACACAUUCUCUCUAUGUUUUCGAUUUGGAUAAUAAUUUAAGAAAUAUUUUACAAAUUCCUGUUGUUCCAACUAUUUCUAGGAUAUUCCAUUGUUGCAAAGGAAUGAUGAUGACUCAGUCAAACAAAACUCAGUCACAAACUGAAAUAAUUCAAGAUUUUAUAUUAUCAAAAGAACAAAACAAUGAUAGAAUUCCAAAGUUAUUGUAUAUCAACAGAAAUAACAUUGAUCUAUUUCUUGCAGAUAAAAACAAUUACAAUCUGUUGAAAGCAACAUUUUCAUCAUUAUCAGCAAUCAAUGGAUCAUUUAUAAUAAGAAAUCAACCAGAGACAACAGAAGAUUGUUUAAUUGAUUUCGAUCUUGUCAUUGAAUUCUAUGAUAAAUUAAAAGAAACAAAUAGAAUGGAUGAGUUUAAUAGAACAUUUAUGAACACAGUUAAUGAUAUGCUUAUUGAUCAAAUGACUAAUUUAGAAAGUUCUAAACUUAGAUUUCUUGUUGUUGCAUUACUUCAUCCAUUAGAAACAGAGAGUGACAUUGAUUUUUGGAAGACAAUAAUUAAAUACAUCACUCGUUCGAAUGCAAAUGAAACACUCAAACAAUGGUUCAAGAAUUUUGAUCAAGAUAUUUUUCAAAGAAUUGUUAAUAGUUUGCUCAAGUUUUUUGAUGAACCAAAAGCAAAUAAACUCUAUACAUUCAAUCAAGAUGUUGCAAGAGUUUUAUCAAUUAUAUAUUCUAUAAAUGAAGAAAGUUAA